GCAUUUAUGACAAAAAAUACAGCGCAGGCUGCCCCCAACCCAAAAUAAACUUCAACUUUUUGACUCCCACUCUGACUUCUCAACUUCCCCAACACCACUGUUCAAUCGAUCGAUCAUCGGCGAUGGCAGCAUCGGCGACGCCGCCGGCCGUUGAGGAGAAGCGAAUCGAGGAGGUGUUAUCAUUUCCGAUUCUGUUAUCGGACCAGAUUAAGGAUGCUGUCAAGGAAGCCGACUCCUUCAAAUUGGAGUGCUCCGAGAUCGGCAAACAGGUUGACCGACUCUGCCAGAUGCUCCGCUCCGUCGCUCGUCUCUACACAUCUACCGCCGGCUCCGUCUACGAGAGGCCGGUCCGGAGGAUCGUCGCGGAGGUUUCCAAAAAUAUCGACCGGGCCUUAACCCUAGUCCGGAAGUGCAAGCGCCGGAACGUCCUCCGCCGCGUUGUUACCAUAGUGUCGGCCGCGGAUUUUCGCAAAGUUCUCAACCUUCUCGAGUCUUCGGUUGCGGAUAUGAAGUGGCUGCUCAACAUCUUCGACGGCGAAGGCGGCGGCGGAGGUAUUGUCUUAACUCUUCCCCCAAUUGCCAGUAACGAUCCGAUUGUGUCUUGGGUUUGGUCUUACAUUGCUUCUUUACACUUGGGGCAAUUGAAUGAUAAAAUCGAAGCUGCAAAUGAAUUAGACUCACUAGCUAAAGAUAACGAUAGGAACAAGAAAAUUAUUGUAGAAGAAGGCGGAAUUUCACCUUUGUUAAAGCUCUUAAAGGAUAAUUCUUCUCCUGAAGCUCAAAUGGCUGCGGCCAUGGCGUUGUUUAAUUUAGCAAAUGAUGAAGAAAGGGUUCGAGCAAUUAUUGAUGAGCUGGGGGUGCCAAUUAUUGUUCAGGUGUUGGGAGAUUCCCCUAUGAGGGUUCAAAUUUGGGUGGCGAAUUUAGUGGCUCGCAUGGCAGAGUAUUGUUCGCUUGCCCAGGAAGAUUUUGCCAGGGAAAAUGUGAUCAGGCCACUUGUGACCUUGCUGUCAUUUGACAUCCUUAUGGAUGAUCUGAAAUUGAAAGUUGGCAAACAAAGCAUUCACUCCAUUGUACAGAUUAAUAAGGAAUUGGAGAAAAAAUCAUCGGGAUCCUAUAGUUAUAGGCGAACUCUCGGGUCGCCACUGUCAAGGCACUAUUCAGAGGGAAGUAGUCGGGGUGGGAAUCACAGGAAGGACAGAGAGAAUGAGAAGCCGGAAGUGAAACUGAAGUUAAAAGUUAGUUGUGCAGAAGCAUUGUGGAUGCUUGCCAAGGGGAGUGUUUCAAACAGUAGAAGGAUAACUGAAACAAAAGGUUUACUUUGUUUAGCUAAGCUUGUUGAGACAGAGCAAGGUGAGUUGCAAUUAAACUGCUUGAUGGCAAUAAUGGAAAUAACUGCUGCAGCUGAAUCUAAUGCUGACCUUAGAAGAGCCGCUUUCAAGACUAAUUCUCCUGCUGCAAAGGCUGUUGUGGAUCAGCUGCUGAAGGUGAUUAAAGAAUCAAAUAGUCCAAAGAUGCAAGUUUCAGCAAUAAGGUCAAUUGGUUGUCUUGCUAGGACAUUUCCAGCAAGAGAGACAAGGGUAAUUGGUCCUUUAGUUGAGCAGCUGAGCAAUAGGAAUCUAGAUGUAGCUGCAGAAGCUGCGAAUUCACUUGGGAAAUUUGUCUACCCUGAGAACUUUUUAUGUGUAGAGCAUUCAAAGACGAUUAUUGAAUUCAAAGCAGUUCCCCCUCUUAUGAGACUGUUGAGGGGGAAUGAACGGUCUCAGUAUCCCGCAUUUGUUCUCCUCUGCUACCUUGCUUUGCAUGCAGGUAAUAAUGAUGCUUUGGAUCAAGGCCGAGUUCGGACUGCACUUGAGGGAGCAGAUCGUACAUUAUUUACCCUACAUCCUGAGUUGAAAGAAUUGAUGCAAAAUGCAACAUACCACCUAAAUGUUUAUCACUCUGGAUUGCUUCCUCAGCGCCAACCUUAUUCUCCGUAGCAUUAUCUCAUAGCCUAUGGAUAUUGGGAUUAGUGUAAAGUUGUACUAUACAUAGCAAUACAUUUUAAUUGGAAGACAAAGGGUGGUUCUCAGAUCUUAAUUAAAUCAUGGCAGAUCAAAAGGUACUUUGUCAGUGUACUGUAAGUGUGUCUUGAUACACUUGUUAGCUCAUCAUCUAGUGGAGUGUGGUGCAUUUUUUGUGAAGGGAAAGAAAAAAAAAAAUUUCUUGCAGCAUGUUAUUUUACUAGUUGCACAUAAUAUUGGAUAUUCUUACUCCUUUUUGUUUAUUAUUAGUAGCACAACAAACAUCA